AUGGAGUUCGAUUAUCAAUACGUUGCAGAAAGCCAAGAUGAUGUCGAAGAUCCAGAGGGUGCUCCUAUACUAGACGUGCCUCAGAGGAAAAUAGUUGCCAUCGAACAUCCUUGCGUUCUCAUAAAUCUCGACAAAGGGCUCGAGACAUUUGGAGUGGAUCCAGACUUUCAAAAGCUUCUUGUUAACACGCCGGAACCUACUUCGGUCCCAUUAUGGUUUCGGCCUGACAACCCUACGUCAAAACCCGUCGUAUCACAUCAUGCGGCUACUAACAACAUCCUACUCAAGAUAACUGUUCCCAAGCGGACAGGCAGAAAAAGAAAGCGAGGAAGUAAUGAUCCAUUCACCGGUGAAGUUGACGUCACAGAUGGGACAGCCGCAUCUGUAGCGGGUGAAGUGAGUUCCGCGGGCCGACGUGAUAGACCCAAAUCUAUCCUUCGAAAGAUGCAGGAUAAUCUAGACUACUACGAGAUAGAUGCCAUCGGGAAGGUCGAGGAUACUCACAGAUAUCGAGGCCUAUCCGACUUCCAGUUCGCCAACGUUAAUUCUUCAUUCUUAACGAAGGCAGCAGAGAACCUACUUCCAAUGAAAGUUUCAAAGCUACGAGAAAUCAAAUUUGCUCCCGGCGUGAUAACGGACCCUGGACAGGAGAUUGUACCCCCACCACACUUCACAGACCGAAUCAUUGGAUUUAAUUACAACUACGAACAGAAUCCUAACACCAAGGUGGAAGGAGACGAAGUGGGAAAUCAGAAGUUGAUUAACAUCCAAGGCAGGAAGAAGCACUCAUACGGCUACUUCAUCAAUCAUAACACAUAUCCCGUACCGCAGAAACCCCGGCGAGAGCCGAACAUGGUUAUACCAGGAUCGUUGAUGAGGCAACUGCAUACGUUGAUGGAAGAACGGCCUAUAUGGACUCGCCGUGCUAUUCUCAACCGUGUGACAGGCAACUAUACCGAUUCGGCCAUGAGAAUAGCACUUCAGCUAGUUGGAUAUCAGUUUAGGGGCGGGCCGUGGCGAGAUGCCUUUGUUAAAUAUGGCGUGGACCCUCGUCCCGAUCCCAAGAACCGAGUAUACCAAACACUCGCCUUCAAAUUGGAAAGGAAUAUAGUCGGCACAAAAAAGGUGCCGUGGGAGGUUGUUAGGAAGGGCCAAAUUAGAAAGCACCAUAGGGAGAAUCGGAAAAGUCACAUCUGGGACGGGGAGGACUACUCGACAGAUGGAAAAUUCUGGCAGGUUUGCGAUAUCACGGAUCCAUUUAUUCGCAAUAUGCUUGAGCAAGCACCUUUGAGGGCAGAGUGCGACAUCGAAUCUGGAUGGUAUUUUAAAAGUGCUUGGGCUAAGAUAAAGAUGAUCAUGAAGGUGAAAAUGAUUGCCAUUAAGAGGGGUCGGAUGGGUUCGGAUGACGAUCAGCCGCAGAAGCCGGGCUUCUUAUACAAUUCCUUUCUUGCCGAAAGAUUGCGGCAGUGGCCCGAUAAGAUCGAGAAGCCACUCGGCUUGACUCUCGAGCCGUUUUUACGCCCUAUCGCAGACGUGGACACAAGACUUCCCCGCAAACGUCGCUUCCCUCAGCUGAAGCAAAAGUCCGGGUCGACUACGGCAGAUACGCCAUCAAGUACUGGUGGUGAUAAUUUGGACGAUGAGGAUGUAGAUGGAAAUGGCGUUGACGACGAAGAGGCGAUACAAGAAAAUCCUUGGGAAGUUGAUGACCUUGUAGAUGAUCUUGAAGAUGAUGAUGGGGAUAUCGACGGGGAUGUAGAAGAGUAUGACGGCUACUCUUACGGCGAUUAUGACGAUGAAGAAGGGGGUGAGGACUAUUUGAAAGGAUACGGAUACGAGACUGAGCAGGACGAGGAUGAUGCGGAUGAUGAUGUUGCUAUGGACGAUGCUAACCCAAUGGGAGACGCCUUUGACGAUUAGGUAACCGUUUAAGCAAUAGACUGCCUAGGAUAUCUGAUCAAUGCAACCAAUCAGAAUCAUUAACACUAAACACUCUAAUUCUCCCAUCAGAAAUUAAACAAUGAAUC